AUGGAUAAGAAUAGAAUCCAUGGUGGCUCAUGGAUUCCGAACUCCAUCAAAAGAGAAAUAUCAGAAUGCUUUAUGUACACGAAUACUUCAAGGGCCCUAUGGAAGGAGCUGGAAAAUAGAUUUGGCCAAAGCAAUGGGCCAAUGGAAUACCAACUCAAGAAGGAAUUAGGUGCUACUGUUCAAGGCACGAUGUCUUUAUCAGCAUACUUCAACAAACUCAUGAAGUUAUGGGACGAACUGGCCUGCAUCACUCCCAUACCAAGCUGUACCUGUGGAAAUUGCACUUGUGGAGCUUCAAAGGAGGCUGCAAAUAUUAAAGAAAAUGACCAACUCAUCCAAUUCCUCAUGGGAUUGAAUGAGGCAUAUGACAAUGUGAGGAGUCAGAUUUUAGUGAUGGAACCACGACCAGACAUUAACAAAGCCUACUCCAUGGUGCUGAAUGUAGAAAAGCAGAGGGAAGUCAACUUUGGACAGCCACAAACGACUCCUAACAUGGCAAUGCAAGCUUUCAAGAAACAAGAAGGUCCAAGAAAUUUUCAGAAAAGAAAACCUCCAGUAGAUAAAAGAUCUUUAAUCUGCAAGCACUAUGGGAAAACCGGCCAUUUGAAAGAAGGGUGUUUUGAGAUUCUUGGUUAUCCAGAUUGGUACAAAUUUCUCCAAGAACAAAAGAAGAACAAUCUCACAAUCCCCAGUAGAUCAGCUGUUGCCAUGAAUGCUGAGACUGAAAGGCCAACAACAUUAUUGAUGGAAAAGCUAUGUCUAACAUGA